CAUUGAAAAAGGUACCUUUACUGUGAUAUUCCCGCUACGCUCGGGCGCACUCACUAAUGGUGGUGAGUUGCGCUUUGCACGGUUAUUAUUAUUAUUCCCUUCGAAUUUUCGAUCCCGCUACUACAUAUCCCCUCAUUUAUCGUGGCGCCCAGGGAAGAUCCUAAUCUACCAAUUGGCGGAGAUAGCUGGCGUCAUCAAUGUUUCGCCCUAGUUAAAAAAAAGAUGGAGACGCUGCACACGUCACGUCUCUGUUUCUUCCUAGCCAGCUACAGAGCAGCCUUGAUUCCUAUGCAUCUUCCAAAGUGGUUGUGCACCAGAACGCCUUGGCUGCAUCAAACCGAAGGCCGCGGAUUUUUUGUGCCUCUUGGAUAGUGCAGCUAGUUGAGUAGUGCAGGUUCUAGAUUGCGCUCGUAGCUAAGGAUAAAGUUGUGUGUAUUUUGCCAUGUGGUGGCUGGCUUUCCCUCCUUUCUUCUACUCCGUACGCUGUACAUGGUUGAAGCUGCCAAAUCUUCAAAGUUUCCGAAACGAGCUUGAUAGUAAGGGGCUCGUUUUGAGCAAAAUUGAUGGAUAACCAGGGCCCGCCUUCGCUCGAGGAAUCCGUAAUAUAUGUGUAGAAUCAGUGUGAGGGUAAAUCGGUACCGAAGACGCUCAUUGCCAUCCUUUUAGAAUUUGGGGCCAAAAUGACCUGAUUGUAGUUUUAGACGCGAGGACGUCAAUUGAGACUUGUCGAGACAAAAGGAUACCAACCUCGUCCCGAAAAGAAUAAUGUGGGUAUACACGGAGAAUUAGCUGAGAAUUCGUGAAGACCAAUCUUGGAUUGUAAUGUACAGAGGUGCCAUAUUGAAUCUUUUUUUUGCGCAACCAAACACCCGUGGAGUUGGGCGGCACCAGGGCAUUUUACACGGCGCUUUAUAAGUUAUCACCUUUGUUGACGGGCCAACAACCAAUAAUAAUAAUAAUGAGCACCACCCCGCGAUCCGAUCAUAGCGAUGAUCUUUUGGGUGAAAAGCCCAGUUUUCGGUAGCUCUCUCCACAUAACUUGAAGUGAGCCAAUCGUUUGAGGCGUACUUUGGAAGCAGAUAUUUCUAGAACCUUGGACGAGUGGGCACAUAUCUGCUGUGCCACCACGAAGCCUGACCGUCAGGUGGCUGAGCAAGAGGAGUCAGGGUCCACAGAAUUCAUACUCCUUUCCUCUAACGCGUUCCGAUGAGGGUUUGUUUUCAUUUUCACUUUUUAUACAUGCUGAAUCGAUCGGAAGAGCAUGAAUGGGAAUGGAGCAAUGUUGCAGGGGUUGGACAGCGAAUAACCUUGAACGCUCUAAGGGAGAGACAAUCCAUGGCCCUCUCGAUUGAUAUAGUGCGUAGUCCUGCUUGGGCAGCUUUCGACAUUUACAGGAGUGAAGGAAGUAUAUAAUAAAUAAUACAUUAUUGGAUAGACGCGAAGAAAGGGACUAACGCGAGAAUUUCUCAGAUUAUGUAAUUGGGUAACUAUUCAGUGCAAACAGCACACAAACAGUGUAAAUUGUGCAAACGGUUCAUCAUCUCAUAUUCAAAACAAGAUCCUUUAUUGAAAAAGACCGGAAGACCAGGUUAGAGUGAAUUAUUUUCUCUAGGAGCGAUUUCACCUUCCCGGUAAUCCAGCUUUUUCUCAAACAAUCCGUUAACAUGGUUCGAAAACUCAAGCAUCACGAACAGAAACUUCUCCGCAAGGUAGAUCUUCACACCUACAAAUCCGACGCCGGACAUCGUGAAGCCGCCAUCCGACAACGCUACCACUUCCAACAUCCGCUCGAUUAUCAAAAAUACAACUCGCUCUGCGGCUCCCUGCGACAACUAGCGCAUAAGCUCUCCGCCCUGGACCCAGAAGAUCCGUUCCGAAAGGACAUCGAAAGUCAGUUGCUGGAGAAAUUGUGGGCAACGGGCAUAUUGAAGCAGAGUCGUGAGCAAGGCGCGGGCUUGAGUAGGGUUGAAAGGGAGGUUACAGUUAGUGCGUUUGCGAGGAGGAGAUUGGGCGUUGUGAUGGUGCGGAUGGGGAUGGUGGAGAAUGUUCCUACGGCCGUGAAGUUCAUUGAACAGGGCCAUGUCCGUGUCGGCACGGAGGUUGUCACGGACCCUGCCUUUCUCGUGAACAGAAAUCUUGAAGACUUUGUUACCUGGGUUGAUUCGAGCAAGAUAAAGAGAAAUAUCUUGCAGUACCGUGAGAAACUGGACGAUUUCGAUCUUCUAUAACCGGCCUCGUCUUCUUCAAGGCUGGUGUGAAUCCGGGAAGGUAGCGGGAUUAUUUUGCAUCUGUUUCACAUUUUCCUGGCGUGUCGGGGAUUGAUAUUUUGGUAAAAGCUUUUAUAUGUUAAUCGGGUUCGAGCUGGGUUCCCGUCGACUUUUUUGCACGUUUUCCCUUUCUACCGUUUUAGUUGGGAGUUUUCAUAUACCCUCAUAUGUUUUAUGCAUGGUUUAUGAGUUCAAUGUUCGUGUACAUACAGGCACAGUAUAUCUAUUACAUGUCGUUUGUUUUGUCCUGCAUUAUUAGGCCAGAAGAAACUAAGGAUGGGCAAUUGGGAAUAUUAGGCUAUCAAAUGGUAGUAAAGUCAUUUAGACACCACACCACACCGUUGUCCAUUACACCGGCGUCUGCUCCACUCGAGCGCCAAUAGCCGGAAAAGCUCCGCUUCCUUCCCUCCUCGACACAACUGAUAACUAUAGGGACUUUAUGACUAGUAUUUGGGCUUUUGUCACCGACCUGUUGCAAAAGCAUGGUGGCUGUUGCUGCGGCUCUCUGUCGCCCCCAUCCAGAUCAGGAGAGCGGUACAGCCCUUUUUGGCAUGGUUUAACAGGGCGAACUCUACUGCCCCUUUCGUUGUCCUCAAGCUCAUUUAAGCAAAAGCUUUUCAAGCUCAGAAAUUCUCAGAAACAUUCCUUGUUCAUAUAUCUCAACGUGAUAUGUGUGUAAUGAAGAUGGCCCAAGCCCAACACACACAACCUCCUGAGCGCGAAACAAACAUUCACAUCUGCGAAUCGACUGCCUACAGAUAACUGGUGAAACAACGGCCUUUGCGACCACGGAAUCGUGCCUCGGUUCCUAUGGGAACAAAAGAACGGAUGGACUUAUAUUAAUCACAUUAUCAACCUCACCUGAUCAUACGUGAGGGGAAAUUAAUGAGGCUUAUCUCUAUUUUGCAUUGAAUAUUGAGUGCAUUUGUGGAGAUUGGUGCGAUGACCUUUUGGGACCGCGGCGUGAGGAAUAUAGAUAGCAUUCAGUGAUUGAAAGAAAUAUUGACGAUGUGCGACCACAAGCUCAUUUCCUCGUCCGCGCUGGGAAAUUUUGCUGCUCAGAACUCUCAUCAUGUUUGUAGUUACGGAGUACAAGAUGGUCUCUUGGGCCUACGAAGCCAAGCAUUUUUAGAUAGGGGAACUCUUUCUGAGUCUACUGCGUUAGUCUGAUAAGUCAGCAUAACCUUUCAAUCAAUCAAGCUUUACACGAUUUCUAUAUAAGAUAAAACAGAAUGGAUAUUUCUGACACUAAAAGACAACCUCCCUGACAAGAUCGGAGACAAAACAGGCGAAACAUGGAAGAAAGAAUAAAACUAUGUACAUGUACAUUAGUUAAUCGGAGAUAUGGAUUUUGCCAAAAUCCCCUUUGGCACUAGGCCUGGAUUGGUGGGUGGGGUGAGGCAAGCUGCUUUACCCAACCGGCUAAAGUUGCUCCUCCGAUACUUGUCAUCGCCAUCACUUGGGUAACCACUAAUUAACUGUUGGGGGUCCCGGGGGUUGAUCGGCCCCU